AUGUGGACAUCGCCAGCGCGCAAAAGAGGGCAUGUGGCCUCCUUCGACUGGCGCACCGGCACUCUCGACUGUGAGCUUCACCUGCAGGAGACGGUCCAUGAUGUGCAGUGGCCCCACAAUGAAACCCUGUUCGCGGUGGCCCAGCGCAAGUACAUUUACAUUUACGACAAGAAGGGCACCGAGUUGCACCGGCUGAAGGACCACCGGGACUCGACGCACCUUGAAUUCCUGCCGUACCACUUCCUCCUGGUGUCGGCCGGUCACUCGGGCUACAUCCGGUAUCAGGACACCACACACGGUGCCGUGGUGUCGGAGCUCCGCUCGCGUCAGGGCCCCACGCAGUCCCUCUGCCAUAACCCGUGGAAUGCGGUCAUUCAUGCGGGCCACUCGAACGGCACUGUUUCUCUCUGGAGCCCGACCAUGACCACGCCCCUGGCCAAGAUGCUCUGCCACCGUGGCGCCGUCAAGUCGGUGGCCGUCGAUCGUAGCGGCAACCACAUGGUCACGGCCGGGCGUGACGGUCUCGUCAAGGUCUGGGACAUCCGGACCUUCGGCGAGCUCCACAGCUACAAGCCCCCCUCGGCGCCGACCAGCCUUUCUAUCUCGCAGACUGGCCUGCUGGCAGUGGCUCACGGCCCGCGGGUGGCCAUCUACCGCGAUGCGCUGACCUCGCGCCAGGCGCAGCCCUACAUGCAGCAUCUGCAGGCCGGGUCGCAGGCGCACCAGGUGACCUUCACCCCGUACGAGGAUAUCCUGGCCCUCGGCCACGCUGGCGGCGUCAGCACCCUGCUGGUCCCGGGCGCUGGGGAGGCCAACUACGACGCCCUCGAGGUGAACCCCUUCCAGACGCUCAAGCAGCGCCGCGAGACCGAGGUCAAGCAGCUUCUGGACAAGCUGCCCAUCGAGACCAUCGCCCUCGAUCCGACCUUCAUCGGCAAGAUGGCCCAGGGCCACCGGGAGCGUCAGAUCGAGCGGACGGCCGCCGAGCGCCAGCGCGUCAAGCGCGCCCGCCGGGCCGCCUCGUCCGCCGAGAAGCGCGCCCUGGCCGCGGCCGAGGCCGACGCCGCGGCCCCCGAUGGAGGGGCUCCCAUUGCCAGCAUGGCGCCGGUGGUCGUCAGCGACUCCGAGAGCGACUCCGAGGAGGUCACCCGGGCGCCCGCCCGCAAGCGCUCUGUCCUGGCCAACCACCGCCGGUUCCUGCGCCGGCGCCAGGAGAAUGUCAUCGAUCAGGCCCUCGUCGAUGCCAAGGCCACGGUGGAACGCGAAACCGCGGCCAUUCAGCGCCGCCGCGACGGGGCUCCCGAGCGGACCGAGUCCAGCUACGCGCUGGGCCGGUUCUCGCGAAAGCACUGA